AUGUCGCUAAAGGAAUUCUUCCAAGAUGACUCUUUGGGUGGUCACUCUUGGGCUGACGACGACUUUGAUAUCAAAUCCAUCCAGCUCAAACUAACAGUUUAUCUUUUAAAUUUAGAAAAUGCCCUGGCCUCAAAUUCGAGAUCAAACUCAACCAUAAAUUCAAGAUCAAAUUCAAACAUAAGUUACAACAAUUAUACCCACAAUAACCACCAUAAUAACCAUAACAAUAACCAUAAUUACAACUAUUCCCAGAACGGCAACUACAACAGCCAAUCAAAUUUCAGUUCCUCAAGCAACUACCAAUCUGCAACUUUUACUCAUCUACUAGAUUACCAAUUAAAUCCUCCCUACAUUGUAAAGUUCAUAAACUUGUCCUCCAACUUCAACAACGAUCUAUUGCUAAAGCUAUUCAACAACUAUUACGAUAUCAUAGGACAGUUUCCAGAUUUUAUUCAAAAAAAUGACAACAUCUUCAACCUAAACUAUAUCCCCGGAAAGGGUAUAAGAUUAAAAAAAUUCAAACUCUUCUGGGAACUAAACAACUCCUCCACCACCACAAUCAACACUACUAACAACCCUCUCUCUCUCUCUCUUUCUCCUACUCUUUCUCCUUCUUCUUCAACCACCCAUAUCUCAAACGACAUCCCAAACGCAACUAAUGUCAAAAAUAUGAAAAAAAUCGCUUUUGUCGAAUUCAAUACUCUACUAGAACUAAACAUUGCAAUGGCCUUUAACCAACUAGGUAUAUACAACAACCAAAUCAUCAAAUUCAAUGAUUACCUCCUCGGUUUAAAUAACGACUUUAAAAUUCUCUCCCCGGAUGACAAACUAUCCCUCUCAAAUGACAAAAUUACCGUCAAAUUGGCUGAUUUCGAUGACUUCAAUAACUACCAAAACUCAAACGAUUACCAACAUCAUCUCAACUACCUCUACCACAAAUUCUCCUCAAACUCUUCAACCAGAAGCAACUCCCUCAAGAGAUUCUCUUUUUCUUCCUCUCCAAAUUUAAACUCAAAUCUAAAUUUAAACUCAAAUUUAAUUUCAAAUACCAAUCCUAAUCUCUCUCCCAGUCUCACUACCAAUCCUAUUUCUAAACAAAAACAAAAGCCAAACCCUUUUGGUAACGCUAAACCAAUUGAUGUCCUCUCAAAGGAUCUAGAAAUUGAAAAAUUAAUGAAAACAUUAAACAGAACCACUUUUCAAACUCCAGGUAGCUCAGAUAUAUUCAACAACCAACAAAAACUUGAUUCUAACCACAAAAAUGACAAUGAUCAAAUCAACACAACAGAUAUUGACCCACCUCCCCAAGAUAAAAAAAUUGAAAAAAAAACUGGUGAAUCUAUUGAAAAAUUCCUCUCAACUGACUCACUUGUCCAACGCCCCCGUUCUCGCUCAAUCAAAUCCCCCAAAUUAAUCGUUCAGAAAUUUCCUUCAAUCAAAAACAACUCUGACCAAAACUCCUCUUAUUCUUCCUUUUCCAAAAAUUCAACUUCAAUUUCUUCCAAUUUCUUUCCCAAAAAUUAUGCUGCCGUUGUUGCUCAAAAUUUACCUCAAUCUUUUCAAAUAUCUUCUCCUGUUCCAAUUCCCAAACCUAUAAUUACUGAUUUGAAAUCUGAUUUAUCUGCAAAUAUACCUAAUCCACAAACUUCAAAUUUUAUCAAUAAUCAACCAAUUAAACUCAAUUCCUCUAUUAAUGUUAAUUCCACUAAUAAUAAUAAUAAUAAUAAUACCAAUAAUAAUAAUAAUAAUAUCGAUAAUAAUAUCAAUAACAUCAAUAAUAAUAUUAAUAAUAAUAAUUUAGUGGAAAAAGUAUCAAACUCUUUUCCUAUUAAUGCUUUAAAUAAUAAUGAUUCCAAUCUUACCAAUACACAACUCAAAAAAGAUUAUGAUUUAUCUCCUAAAGAAGACACCAACCAAAAUUAUAUUUUGAAUUCUCACUCUUUCAAACCUAGAAUAUUAAAAAGAACUUUAAUACAAAAUGAUAUAACUUCAACUCAAAAUAACAAUAAUAACAAUAACAAUAACAAUAAUAAUAAUAAUAAUAAUAAUAAUAAUAAUAAUAGUAUUUUGAAAAUUCAUGAAUCUUCAUUAGAAAUUCCAAUUGAAAACGAUGUAAUUAUUAAUAAUGAAAUUAAAAAUAAAAUCAAAAAUGAAAUUAAAAACGUUGAUAGUGAAACUACUCUUAGUAAUGAAAAAACCUCUAUAGAAUUAUCUAAUUCAAAUAACAAUUACACAGAUUUAGAAAAUAAAAUCCAAAAAAUUGAACCUGAUAUUCCUAGCAAAACUGAAAACGCCGUUUCAAAUAUUUUACUUGAACCAAAACUAGACCCAAAACUAGAAUCAACAAUAGAAUCAAAGAUAGAAUCGAAAUUAGAAUCAAAGUUAAAAUCAAAAUCAGAACUAAGAUCAGAAUUGAUCUCAGAACUAAAAGCUGAAAUUAAAUCAGAAUUAAAAUUGGAAAUCGAAUCAGAAUUAAAAUUUCAAAACAUUAAUGGGAAAGUUGACCGGGAUAUUGAACCUAUUAAAGAAGAUGAUAAGAACGAAUUAAAAGAUAUUUCAAAAGAAAUCAAAAAUCAAAACAAAUUUCCAAGAUCCAAAAAUUUAUCUUCCAACAAUCAAAACAAUGCUUUUGUUUCUAAUUCCAAAUAUAGUAAUUCUAGCUUCAAAGCUCAAUCCCCUUCAAGGAAUAAUUCUUUGGUAAACGAAAAACCUAACUUUAAAGGGAAAAAAAUUGCAAAUGUCACUAGGGUUUUUAAUAGCGAAUUUAAAUUUGCAGAAAAUAAACUAAAGACCAAACCAAUUAAAAAGGAUGAGCAGGAUAUCCAAUCCAAUAAAAAAUUAAAUCAGAAAUACAUUAAAAAAGACCUUAACAAAGACCUUAACAAAGACCUUAAUAAAGAUUUUAAUAAAGACCUUAACAAAGAUCUUAAUAAAGAAUUUAACAAAGACCUUGGUAAAGACCCUAACAAAGACUCUAACAAAGACUUUAACAAAGGAGUAGAAAAAGAAAAAAAAAUCCCCAAAUAUAUCGUAGGUUCUAUUAAUGAAACUCGUUCAAGUUAUAAUUUGCAUAAUGAUUCCGGAUUCACAAAUAGAAACAGAGGGAAAGAAACUGUUCAUAGAACUCCUGCUGUCAAUUACAAUACUCACUACUAUAAUCCAAGUUAUAAUCCUGAAAAGACUAAAUCUACCAAUGUGUCUGAUUCAAAAUUCAAAAGUUCAUUUAUUAACAAGUCUUUGAAAAACCCUUCCAGAACCUAUUCAACUGCAAAUUUUGAUUUGAAUUCUAAUAAAGUCUUGAAAACAAUCAAUAAUGUUGAUUCUAGAAAAUAUAAUAACAAAACAUUUAGACCAAAAAGAUUUGAAGAUAAUAAAACGGAGAGAGCCGAUUUUGGAAAGCCAGUUAAAGGUUUUGAGAAAAAUGUAUUUGCGAAUGAAAUCAAACCAUUACCUAAAAUCGAACAUGCCAAUAAAUUUGAGUAUUUAACACAUCUUGAUAAAGAAGACAAUGAAGAUAUUCUUGAAAAGAAAAGCGAAGUGAAAAAGCCAAGCCCAUCUUUGAAAGCACCUUCAGUGUCUAUAGAAGAUAGGAAUGAAAAAAUUGCAUCGAAAAAAGCUUCCAAUUUGAAAUAUAAAAAUAAGGCAUCUAUCAAUUAUAAAGGUAGGAGUAAAAAUGGAGGUUUCAAAAAUGAGACCAAAGUAUUUAAUCAGGCAACACCAAGUACUGAGUGA